CAGAUUGGACCAGUCUUCAAAGUAAAGGCAAUGGCAUUUUAUCCUCUGCAAAUUGCUGGGUUGGUUCUUGGAUUCCUUGGUAUGGUGGGGACUCUUGCCACAACACUUCUACCUCAGUGGAGAGUAUCAGCUUUUGUUGGCAGCAACAUUAUUGUCUUUGAAAGACUCUGGGAAGGGCUCUGGAUGAACUGCAUCCGACAAGCCAAGAUCAGGUUGCAGUGCAAAUUCUAUAGUUCCUUGUUGGCUCUCCCGCCUGCCCUGGAAGCAGCCCGGGCACUCAUGUGUGUGGCCGUUGCUCUCUCCUUGAUUGCACUCAUUAUUGGCAUCUGUGGCAUGAAGCAGGUCCAGUGCACGGGCUCUAACAAGAGGGUCAAAGCAUACCUUCUGGGGACUUCGGGAGUCCUCUUCAUCCUGACGGGCAUCUUCGUUCUGAUUCCAGUGUGCUGGACAGCCAACAUCAUCAUCAGGGAUUUCUACGACCCAGCCAUCCACGUAGGUCAGAAGAGAGAGCUGGGAGCAGCACUUUUCCUCGGCUGGGCAAGCGUUGCUGUCCUCUUCAUCGGAGGGGGUCUGCUGUGCGGGUUCUGCUGCUGCAACAGAAAGAAGCAAAGGCACAGAUAUCCAGCCCCCAGAUACUGUGUGCCACACACAGAUAAGCGAAGGAACGUGACAAUGCUUAGUAAGACC